UAUAUUGUGGAUAAUGAGAAUCAGAUUUUUUUUUAUUGCCAGAAAAGGGAGUUCCUAUAAGUAUGGAAGGUGGGAAAGGCUGUGAGAUCAGAUGGGAAUUGGAGUCACCAGAUGAACUCAUGGUUUUUCUGUGUAGAUACAGAAAUAGAUGUGUGUAUGUGUGUGUCUUCACAUGUAUGCAUGUGUACUUCCUAGUUCUGUUUGUUGAGAGGGCUUAGAAGCAAGGACACUCUGGUAGCAAGCCAUGAAUACACUUCAUGCCCAGAUCCUGCUUGUUAAAGUAAAGAUGUGCUCAAAGAAUGAUGGGUCAUGGGGUGGGACCAAAGUGAGGCGGCUGGGCAGGGGCUGGUAGCUCCAGUGACAGCCAUGGCGCAUAACGGCCUUACGGUGCCUCUCCUCGUAACGAACGUGUUCUCGGGCUCUGUCCGCUUCUGCGUGCUCUGGUUCAUCCCUAAGGGUCCCAACCGGGGAGUUAUCAUCACCAUGUUGGUAACCUGUUCAGUUUGCUGCUGUCUCUUUUGGCCGAUUGCAAUUCUGGCCCAACUCAACCCUCUCUUUGGACCACAGUUGAAAAAUGAAACCAUCUGGUACCUCAAGUAUCAUUGGCCUUAAGGAGGAAGACCUGCUCUCCAGGGCUCCAUCAUUGAGGUCACGAGGAGAAUUCCUCUAGAUGCAAAAUCAACUCCAAACCCAGACCACCUUUGACUUGCCUCUUUUGGCCAUCAGCUGCCUUAAAUAUUCACACCACAUUUUAAUAUCUUAUUCUACAAUGCAGUAUUUUUUCCUGUCAGCCUUUUUUACAUUUUGACGAAUUAUGUGCCUACUUAACCGAAACUGUGCUGACUCUAUAAAGUGUUUGUGCACUCUUCUGAGAUAGAAGGUGCUAUUCUUCUGAGAAAUACAUUGCUCUCUCCUUGGAACCUGUGAAUUUGAAGAUGACUCCUGCCUGGUCACAACAUGGGCAUCAGCAAAGUGUUUAACUGUCACAAGACAGAAUCCAAAGGGGCAGUCAGUAGGAGAGCAUGUUCAGAGGAACUGUCUGUCCCAACAGAAUUGCACCAAAGUAUAUUUUCAGGAUGACUUUCUUAUUUCUGCCAUCUAUUGGAAUAAAUUAUUUUUCUGCUUUCUGUGG